CGGUAUGAAGGUGUUCACGCAGGUGUACUCCAUCGUAUGGAAAGACGUGUACGUUCAGACGAUCAAGCGCCACUACCUCACCACCAUCUUCGAGGUUGGCAUGAUCUUGCUCGCGUUCCUGGGUGUGGAGAACGACCGUCCACUGCCGGCGCCACCGGCCUCGUGCACAAAGCCGCCCUGCCUGAGGCUCAGUGCACCCCGUGACUACCCGGAACGCAACGAGAGCGACUUCAGAGCGCCGCAGCUGAUCCUCUACACUCCGCGAGGGCCUAACAAAAAGCUGGUCGAGACCGCCUUUCCCACCAGCGGCAGGGUUAGAACGCACGGCUACGACACCGAACGUGAGCUUCUGCGGGCAUUCUACCAACUCAGCCCGAGGCCCAAGCGGGGUCCCGAGCAGCGGGUCGUCGCGCUCGUCUUCGGCAACACCAACGGCAAGCGGAAGAACGACCUCGAGUUCACCGUUCGUUUCUUCGACGACCCUUACUACGUCAUGCGGCGAAACAAGGUGUUCGCGCUUUUCAGCACGCUGCCGAACCCGGUGACGCAGCGCGAGAGCGUCGCCUACUGCCAGAUCGCACUCGUGCGCGCAAAGACCCAGCUGAUCCAUCAGGCCUCCGCCGGGAAGAAGGCCGCUGCUCGGCCCUUGUAUACAAUGACGACGCGACGGUUCAGCGAAGGCCCGCUGCCAGAGGACACUACGUGCCUACUAUGGAUCAUGGUGGUGCGCAUCGGCAUCGGCUACUUGGUCACCUUCUGCACGCUCGUCGGCCGGCUCGUCGAGGAAGCCCAGAGCGGAAUGCGCGAGAAGCUGCGGCUCUUCGGGCUACACGACACAAUCUACUGGCUGGGACACUUCAUGGCCGCCAUGUUCAAGGGCCUCGUCAGCAUCGUCUGCAUCAUGGGCUACAUGACGACAGUCGAGGCGGACAAGAACGGACGGGUGGCCACUUUUCUCGCGGGCACCGACAAGACGGUAGUGUUCGUGUCGCUGGUGCUGUUCAGCUUCCAGUACGCCACCACGGCCAUGUCGAUGUCGCUGUUCUUCACCAACAACACGGCGGCCAUCUUGUUCGCCAUGUGCUAUUGGAUCACGGCGUACGCCGCGCCCUGGCUGGCGCUGGAAGACUUCGACGGUCUAUCGGCGCACUACAUUAUGCUCUCUCGCAAUACUAAGCUCGUGAGUUCGCUCCUGCCGUGCAUGGCGCUGCACUGGUGCUACCGCAUCAUUGGAUGCGCCAACGUAGUCGGUGAACCGUACAGACUGUCGUCCGUGUCCAAGUACGUGCUCCAGCUUGACAAUGUGACCAUGCUGGACAUCUGGACGGUUAUGCUGGCGUACAGCGCCCUUAAUUGCGUCGCCAUCUGGUACCUGGGCAACGUGCUGUCAUGGGCCCGCGGGACGCCGCUGCAUCUCUGGUUCCCCAUCUCCCCGUCAUACUGGCUUCCCAGUCGCCAGGGCGGAUUCCAGAAACUACCCCCGGCCACUCAGGACGGUGUGCACUUCGAGCCCUACCCACCAGACAAGCAAGAGGCCGUAUUUGUCAACAGGCUAGAAUACGAGCAACAGCACACGAACGUCCUCCACGACACCAGCUUCAAGGCGUACCCCAACGAGGUGCUCGUGGUGAUCGGCCCCAGUGGCUCGGGCAAAUCGUCGCUGGUGAGGAUCGUCACCGGCAUGCAAAAGCCCAGCGGCGGCCAAGUCAUCGUAGGGGGCUUCGACGUGACCAGCCAGACCGCGAGUGCCCGCGCCAGCAUGGGCGUUGUGCUGCAGAGUGCUGUGCUCUUUGACGAUUUGACGGCCUUCGAGCACCUGCUGUUUUUCGGCAGUCUCGCAGGUAUGCUCGGCGAGCCGCUGGUGCAACGAGCCGUGCAAGUGGCAGACAUGAUGCUACUGAACGAGCUCUCCUCCGUGCUCACAGUCAACAUGGACCGAGCGUCCAAGAGGCGACUUGACCUAGCCAUUGCCAUACUCUCGAAUCCGAGGGUGCUCAUACUUGACGAGCCCGUGUACGGCAUGGACAUUCCUUCCCGCUACAAAGUGUGGGAAGUGUUGAAGAAUGUCAAGCAGAAGACGUGCGUCGUGAUGACGACGUCGGAUGUCGACGACGUAGAUACGCUGGGCGACCGAGUCGCCAUGCUGGGCCAUGGCGGGUUGAAGUGCUUCGGCACGCCCGCUUUCCUUCGCUGGCGUUAUGGCUGCGGUUACAACUUGCACGUCAUCAAGGCGCCCAACUUCCAGACCAAUCGUCUCGUCCUCGCCCUCAAGGAGGCGUCCAAGGACGCCCGCCUGAUACAGGACCGCAUGCGUUUCGCGAUCAUAAACCUGGGCGAACAGAAAGCCUACGACACCGUGUCAGAGGCACUGCGGAUCGUCGAGCACCGGAAAGCCGAGUAUGCCAUCCAGUCGUACAAGGUGUGCGUCAUUACCAUCGCGGACGUCUUUCUGCGGGUCAUCAUGGAGGUGGACUCCGGCAGCCUCCAGAGCAAGCGGCGCGCCGCCGCAUUGAACAAGAGCCGUGUUCCUCAGGGUGCCGACAAGCAGCAGCCCAUGGGCACGCAGAUAGAGCACACCGAGGGCAACAUGGAGAUGGCCACCGCGAACGUCGGAGGCGUCACGCAGGUCCAGUCGGAGGCGUACGAGUCGUCGGUGCAGAUCGAGCAGCACGUGCACGCGCUGUACGACCUGGCGGCGGGCCAGCCCCGGACCGCCCAGAUCUUCCUCGCGAUGCUGUUCAAGCGGCGCCAGUACAUGCGCCAGACGCUGUCCACGCCGCUCGCCUGCUGGCUCCUGCCUUCGUUCCUAAUGUUCCUCGUGUGCCGCUUCGAGGCCAGCGCGCAGGAACCGCUGUACCUGCACUUCGCGGCCGACCGUCUCGUGUACGACCUCGCUCAGCUGCAGCCGCGCACGGACGUGCUACUCGCACGGGACAGCGCAUCCUCCAAGCUAGCCGACUCAAUCUACCUGCCCAACAUCCACUCCAAGUCGCUCGCCGUGCGCACCGUGGCCAGCAUGGACACGUACAUGGCGAAGCUCAAGCAGGACAGGUCGGCCCCCAAGGACGCCCUCGCGGGAGCUCAAUUCGUGGCCGAAGAGGGACGCGGUGGCGCCACCGGCGCGAGCGGUCGGGCGGUCGCCUGGUACCAGGGCGACGCCUACCACACGCAGUCGGCAUCGGCGAACCUCGUGGGCACCGCUCUGCUGCGCUGGACGUCCGACGACCCCAAGGCCUCGAUGCUGUCCAUGUUGCAGCCGAUGCGGCGGCAAAACCGCAGCAUCUACUCGCGAACUCUGCGCCGCUACCACGUUGCCGAAGAACUGCACCUGGUGCUGUCCCAGCGCCUGAUGCGGUUCGUGCUACUGCCGGCUGCCAUGUCGGUGACUGCGGCCAGCUUCGUGCUGUUCGCCAUCGAGGACCGCGUGAGCAAGUCCAAGGCGAUGCAGCUCAUGUCGGGCGUGCCCCCUCUGGUGUACUGGAUGGGCAACUACGUCUGGGACAUGCUCAUGUCCCUAGUCUCGCUCGUCUGCAUGUUCUUCCCGAUCACGUUGUGCUUCCCGCAGUUCUUCAGCAUUGCGCCGGCGGUGAUAAGCAUCUUCAUGGCCUACGUGCACAGCGUGUUGGCGUUGGUCUACUGGUUCUCCUUCUUCAUGAAUUCCAGGCUGGCCGGCUUCAUCCUGGUCAACGUCGUGACGUCUCUAACCGGCACGGUGGCCGGCCUCGCCUACCAGCUGUCUCUCAUAACAACUGAGCAGGGCUCGGAGCUGCUGACGAUGAACCCUCCGCGGGACGCGCUGCUGUGGGAGCUGUACCUGCUGCCGCCCUUCUCCUGCACCUGGGCUCUCAUCAAGACCUUAGAGAAGACAUCCGAGGAGCGCUACUGCACCGGCGAUACCAUCGACGUGCGCGACGUGUGCGCCUACGUGCACAACAGCCUGGAUGAAGGCGCCGUGCUGCUUCCGAACCUGCGCUACUGCUGCGCCAGCUUCUACGCCUCCAACAUGACCAGCGUCCGCUUGCUGCCGUCUUUCUCAUUCCACAGAGAUGGCAUCCUGGCCGAGCUGCUGGUAAUGGUGGCCGAAGGAUGUGUGCUGCUCCUGCUGUUAGCGCUGUACGAGAAAGUCUUAUUCCGCUCCUGGGAGCCCGGCCGGGGAGGUGACGCCAUGUCAGCUGGCAGCCAGAUGUCCCUCAAGGACCUGCCUGCGGACGUGGCAUCCGAAGUGAGACGCGUGAACAAGGCCAUCGCAUCGCACGACCUGAACAAGCCGGCACUGCUGGUGCUUGACCUGAACAAGCAAUACCAGUCGAUUGCCGUGCUACGGGGCCUCACCUUCCACGUUGAACCCGGCGAGGCUUUGGCGGUAGUCGGCCUGCGCGGGUGCGGAAAGUCCACGUUGCUCGACGUGCUCUCGGGCAGCACGAUACCCACGUCGGGCACGGCCCUCAUCGGAGACGUGCCGCUGCAGAAUCUGGCCCAGUGGGAGCGGCGCAUCGGUAUCUGCCCCGCGCACGACAGCGUGCUCGGCUGCCUGACUGUGCGCCAGACGCUGCAGCUGUAUGCGAACAUCAGGGGCAUCCGGCCGGAGGACAUCGACCGCCUCCUAGAGCACCUUGUCCUCCUGCUGAACCUCACGAGCUCCGUCGACCAGACGGCCGAAUCUUGCAGCGCCGUGACGCGCCGCAAAUUGGCCGUGGCUAUCGCCAUCAUCGGGCUGCCCCCCGUGGUGCUGAUGGACGACCCGGCCGCGGGGCUGGACCUCAUGUCCAAGCGCAAGAUCUACCGCACAGUGGCCCUGCUGCGUCUCCUGGUCAAGUCGGCCGUCCUGGUCGUGACGCACAGCGUGAGCGACGGCGUCGUCAUGUCGGACCGCAUGGCCGUCAUGCUUGAAGGUCGCUUCAAGUGCCUGGGCACCGCGAACGAGCUGCAGGAGCGCCUCUGCACCGGCACUGUGCUGCUUGUCAAAAUGGCACUGGACAGCUCCAUGGACGCGGAGGCGCUCACCCUGGUGCACAUGCUGGUACUGAAGAUGUUCAGCGACGCCAUGUACAAUGGUUGGAUCGGCCGUUCGCUGGAGUACACGGUGACUCCCACGGCGCCCUGGAGCCAGCUGGUGCUCAAGGUUCGCGAUCUGCACUCGCAGAUGGUCAAUAACGUCACCGACGUCAUCCUCACCGACGUGACGCUCGAGCAUGGGCUGCUCAAGAUAGUCAAGUACCAGAGGCCCAAGCGAGCUGCUACGCCGGCCGAAGAUAUUGCCGUCUAAAGAUGUGCGCCUGUAUAUGCGCUAUUACGCGGUAUCUCAUGAAGUGCUGCAAGAGGAGCGCACCCACGCGCAAUAAAACCUCGUU